CCCGUCUAUUAGAAAUGGCUGACAGUGACUCGGAUGACUUGAGCAGUGCAACUGCAGCUCAGACUGGGCCACUUCAGUCUGCAGUUGCAGCUCAAACAGGCGGCAUAUCAGUAUGUCCUCAGUUACAUGGAUGCCGUGUUGAAGGAUCGGUCAAUGUCAGUGUCAAUGUGUCCACAGCUGCAGAUGAUACCCGCACUAUUCAGAUAUCCAACACAAAGGCUUUGGAUGCAAGUACAGAUACCUGCAUUAAGACUGUGUCUGAAAAACUCAAGUCAGAUCUGAGGGAAACCUUUGAGAGUGUACUAGAAGGCAUUGCGAAGAAAGGAGCACCAACACUGCUCAACAAAAUUUACACCGAGCUAUACAUCAUUGAAGGAGAGGGAGAGGGAGUCAAUCAUGAACAUGAGGAUUGGAGCAUUAACUGUGGUUGGAAACCACAAAUCUCAGAAGAUAUUUCCAUCAACUUGAAUGACAUUUUCAAGCCUUUACCUGGAGACAAUUCUGAAAAAAAGAAGAAAGACGUGAGAGUUGUCCUGACCAAGGGAAUUGCAGGUAUUGGGAAAACAGUCUCAGUGCAUAAAUUCAUCCUUGAUUGGGCUGAAGGGAAAGCCAACCAGGAUGUGGAUCUUGUGAUUGUGCUGCCCUUUCGAGAUCUAAAUGCAAUUGUGGAAGAAGAGUGCAGUCUUCAAGAACUGUUAGAGGAGUUCUGUCCUGCACUUCGAGCUGUGAAAGACCCAAAACUCUAUGACAGCUGCAAGAUUGUGUUCAUCUUAGAUGGCCUGGAUGAAAGUAAAUUACCUCUGAAUUUCCACAAAAACAGGAAGGUAUCCGAUGUCACAAAGAAGUGUCGAGUGGAUGUGCUCAUUACUAACCUCAUACAAGCUCAUCGCCUUUUGCGAUCUGCGCAUGUUUGGAUAACUUCCCGACCAGCAGCAAUCCACAAAGUCAGCGAGUGUGUAACGCCACACCGUAUGACUGAGGUACAAGGAUUCAGUGACCCACAGAAGGAGGAGUACUUCAGAAAGAAAAUCACAGAUGAAACUGUUUCCAACACCAUUGUGUCCCACAUUAAGAAAACCAGAAGCCUGUUCAUCAUGUGUUACAUCCCAGUCUUUUGUUGGAUUUCAGCAACUGUGCUUUCAAUGCCAGAUAUCUUGAAUUCACUCUCUGAAAAAAUCCCUACCACCUUGUCUGCAAUGUACACGCGAUUCCUUGUUUAUCAGACACAGAUGAAGAAUGAGAAAUACCAUGGCCUGGACACCACAAUGCCAUUGUCAGAGACAGACUUGAACGUGAUCCUCAAACUGGCAAAACUAGCUUUUGAGCACUUGUUGAAAGGCAGCCUUGUGUUUAGUGCAAGGAACUUGAAGGACUAUGGCAUUGAUAUCACUGAUGUGUCUGUGCAAUCAGGGCUCUUCACCCAGGUGGUCAAGGAGGAAGAUCCAGUGAUCAGAGAGAAGUGGUUCAGCUUUGUGCAUCUCACCAUCCAAGAGUAUCUGGCUGCACUUCAUGCAUUUCACCUGUUUGCCUCUGAGGGAUCAAAUCCAUUUCCAGAAGACCCCAGAGGACCCAGGCCUACUUUUCACUUCAGGGAGUAUGAUGAUGUGUACUCUGAUGAAGAAAGCUAUGAUCCUAUACCCCGUGCUUCACAGCAGUUUGAAAGUCUCCAUGAUUUACACAAGGCAGCGAUUGACAAGGCUCUGAAAAGUGAAACUGGACAUCUGGACCUAUUUCUUCGGUUCCUUCUUGGGCUCUCAACAGAUGACAGUUUUUGGAAACACUUCCAGCUACAGAUAACCAGAAACCCUGGACAUAUCAAACAAACCACACAGUACAUCAAGGACAAGCUCAGAGAAAAAGAUGAGCGACAGCUUCCAUCCCCAGAACGAAGUAUCAAUCUCUUCCAUUGCCUCACUGAACUGAAGGAUAGCUCCCUGGUUGAUGAAAUUCAGCGCUUUAUGACAUCGAAGAAUCUAUCCACACAGAAGAUAAGUGCAGCUCAGUGCAGUGCUUUGGCCUACAUGCUUAUGACUGCAGAUGAUGUGAUAGAUGAAUUUAACCUGAGCAAGUACAACACAUCAAGGGAAGGUCGGGAAAGAUUGCUUCCAGUGGUGGCACGCUGCAAUCGAGCCAAGUUAGGUGAUUGUGGACUCACAAACAAGUGCUGCAAUAUUAUUGCACAGGUCCUUCAGUCAAGAGACACUCACCUGACUGAAUUGGACAUCAGUCACAACUUUUUAACGGAUUUAUCAGCACUUGCGGAGGGGCUGCAAAGCCCAUACCAGAAGCUUGAUUGGCUGGACCUGAGCUUUGUUAACCUGGAAAGAUGUUGGCAAAACCUGAUUGAAGCCAUUUUGCUGAGAACGGAAACUCAACCAUCUACAUUAAAACUCAGUGGAUGUGGACUAAAGGAAAAUGCCUGUGACAUACUGGCCAAAGCCAUGGAGGCACCAGGAGCAAAACUGAAGAGACUUGAUGUGAGUUACAAUUACUUGACAGAUGCUGGAGUGGAGAAAAUUCUUCAGGCACUGGCAAAGAAAAAAUGUGCUUUGGAGUCACUAAGGUUGUGUGCUUGUGCAAUCACAGAGAAAUCCUGUGCAGCACUAGCGCAAGUUCUUCAGCUGUCGAGCCUUCAAGAUUUGGACUUGAGUCAAAAUCGCUUGAGAGACAAAGGGGUUAAUUUGUUGUGCUCUGGACUAAUGACUCCACUCUGUCAGUUACAAACACUUGGACUGAAAGACUGUAACCUGUACACAUCUUCCUGUGCUGCACUGGCUCCUGUAUUGUGGUCUUAUUCUGAGCUAAAAGAACUGGACCUGACCGACAAUGACCUGCGAAUCAGUGGACUGAGAUUACUCUCAGUAGGAUUAAGGAAUUCCAACUGCCAUCUUCAAAUCCUCAGGUUGUCUGGCUGCCAGGUGACAGAGAGAGGCUGUGCUUUGUUAGCCUCUGCUCUGUUGCGAAACCCAGACCAUCUGGAAGAGCUGGAUCUCAGCUACAAUCAUCCAGGAGAUAGAGGGAAGAAACAGCUAUCUGACAGGCUGGAGGAUCCACACUGUCAUCUGAAAAAGCUCAACUUUGAGCAUGUUGGUGAGGAGCACAUGCAAUGGGGUCUGGAAAAAUAUGCAGUAAACCUCACACUGAAUUGGAGUGAUGGAGUGACCAUGUCAGAAGACAUGAAAAAAGCCACAAAAUACAUGGACAUGUACUGCGAUUUCUUGAGUGACUCAGAUCAAGAUGAAGAAAUGAUCAAAGAGGAACGUAAGGACAAGGUGGAGGUUAAGUGUGUGCAACAGCUGUCUGGGGGACGCUUCUACUGGGAAGUGGACUGGACUGGUUGGGUUAGCAUAAAGGUGAAACACAAAGGGGCAUCGUCUGAUAUUCGCAGAGUGUGGACUUUCACAACUGAUGACCAUCUGCUGGUGUGCAAUUGCGAGCAAUAUGCGGCAGUUCGCGUUGCUUAUGGUAAAAUGAAUUGGGUAUCAGUCAUUAACAAGCCUGAUCCAGACCCCAAGAGAAUUGGGGUGUAUCUGGACUGGCCUGCUGGUCUUUUGACGUUCUACAGUGUCUCGGCACGUGAGAAGAAAGUCUUGCAUUCGUUCUGCACUACCUUUAGCACAUCCGUCACUCCAGCAUUUGGACUUACAUCACCAUAUAUAAAUGAGGAACCGGCAUCCAUCACUCUCCGCAAAAUAUGAACUGCAAAAUGAAAUAACGGCUUUGAUGUCUGAUCUGCCAGUGUGUUUCUAUUGUGUUUUUGUGAAAUUGAAUGCAUAUUUUCUAAACUGUGUGCCGGCAGGGGCUGCUUAAAUAGUGCAUUAGUGCACUAUUUAGUGCAUUGGUGCACUUUGCCACUUUUUAAACAAUCGCCCCCAGAGAUUGUGAAGAUAUCGCACGGAACGCACGCGUAUGGAUGCAGUAUCUAACGGGCACAACAUUGACAUG